GGAGCUUCAAGCUUGCCUCUCCUGUAUACGAAUCUCAGAGCGGCCUAUUACGAAUAAAAGCUUAACACUGCAAAUACCUCUCAAAGAAGUGAUAGAAGCAGAUCACAUAUCCCAUCAUAUCCGAAACCCUCUUUCUCGUGCACACAUCGUAGCCAGCCUUCCAGAACCUCAUCUUCCGAACAUAACACAUCAAGAUGGGUCUCGAGGCGACGAUGAUAGUGGUGGAUAAUAGUGAACGGAGUAGAAACGGAGAUUACUUACCCUCUCGAUUCGGUGCCCAAGAGGAUGCCGUCAAUCUCAUCUUCUCCGCAAAGACCGGCGCCAACCCGGAGUCGUCCGUCGGCCUCCUCAGCAUGGGAGGCGAUAGCCCAGAGGUCCUCACCACUCUGACGACCGACAUGGGUAAAGUGCUGGAAGGGAUGCAUCGGACCAAGAUCCAGGGUGUCCCACGCCUCAUCACGGCGAUCAACGUCGCAGCGCUCGCCCUUAAGCACCGCCAGAACAAAUCCCAACGACAACGGAUAAUCGUCUUCAACUGCUCCAUCAUCGAGGAGGACGAGAAGAGCCUGGUUAAGCUGGCCAAGCGCAUGAAGAAGUACGGCAUCAGCGUCGACGUCAUCGCGUUCGGCGAGAUCUCCGAGGCGAACAUGAAGAAGCUCGAGGCCUUCAACGAGAACGUCAAAGGCGGUGACGGCUCCCACCUCGCCAUCAUCCCGCCGGGCCCGAACCUACUCAGCGACUCCGUCGUCACGACGCCGAUCCUGGCGGGCGACGGCGUGGUCACGGGCGCGGGCGGAGCGGGCGACGUAGGGGCGGAAGGGGAGCGUGAGAACUUUGAGUUCGGGGUGGACCCGUCGAUGGAUCCGGAGCUGGCGAUGGCGCUACGGAUGAGUUACGAGGAGGAGAAGGCGAGGCAGGAGCGGGAGAAGAAGGAGAUGGAAGAGAAAGAGGGGAAGGAGAGUAUGGAAGCGAUACCGGAGGGGGACGAGAAGCAGCCGCUGCUGAAUACCGAGGGGGAGCCGAGUGGGAGUAGCAGCGGGAAGGGGGAGGGGUCGAAGAAGCCGGAGGGGAAGGAGGAGAAGAAGGAUGAGGAUCCGGAUAAGAUGGAUACCGCAUAGGAGCGGGGACGAUGGAUGUCUGCGGGAUAAUACAAUAGCAUGGGCGGCGUCGCGGAUACCGAGGGUUCAGCAAUUGGGAAUAUCAAAUGCUUUAGCGUUUUGGCACUUCUAGAUGCGCUCGGAUGUCGCUUUAUACCAAACUGACUCGUCUAUGGUUUCCUCACCCAGCUAUGGCUUCUGGGGUUUGUUGCUACUCCAGCGCCGAGAAGUGAAUUGUUCUCAAGGAACAUAAACACAAAGUGCAAGCGGGGGUGAUAUUUCCGAAUACCCACGUAUUUCUGAUGUUGGUGUUAUUCGAACACCCAACCCUUCAAAGACACCACCAUAGCGCCAUCCUAUAUCUACCCCUAUCCCCUUUAUCUCGUAGCCUUUACAAACCCAUCCAA